AUUUUGAAAGUCAUAACCGGAAGACUCGUGUCGUGCUGGGCCACUUGACUCUGGUGCGGAGGCUAACCAGUCGGGCGGCUUGCUCAGCGCUGUCUAGUCGAGCCUGUCAACAACAGUGCAACCUGAGACGGGAUAGCCGGCCAGUUGGCUAGCUGAGUAAACCAGCUAAGUUAGCUAGUCCGCUAGCCGCCGUGUUAACCAACUGUCACCACUCGUAUUUAAACUGUUGAGGAGGUUCGACAUAUUGUGUUUGAAGUUUGUUUCGACAACAGAAGAGGCUAAACCGACUCUCCCGUUCGGUGCUUCCUGCAGGAAAUCAAAGAGAUGUUUGCUGAACCCGUGAUGUGUGCCAGCUGUUUGAGUCUUCCACCCGCGUGUGAAUCCUGUUGGAGCUAAUGAGGAAGCCUCAAAGGGACACUUUCCUGAUCCCUGCUGUGCUGCUCGACCCUCCAUCGCAGCGAAUGUUUAGCAUUCCAUCUCAGCGAAGGCGUUUCCUGUCAACAUCUCAAGCUCAGCUUUUCAACUUUUCACUCUCUCUCUCUCUCUGUUUUCUCAGCAUCAAACUGUCUGCUUUUCGCUCUGUUUCCCAUUUUUGACUUGUGCAUAGAAGUGAUUUCAUCGGCACACCAGCAGCAGGAACUUAUCAGCCUGACUUGCAGACCAAGUGUGUAAUCGUGGUGCAGUGGAAGGCGCUCCCGAGACAAAGUCCACCCUGAUGGCCAGGUGCUGUUGAAGAUUAUGGCUGCUGAGGUGGAGGUUCAGACUGGGAAGGUUGGUAGGACCGUAGUGGGAGGACGACUGCACCUGAGUCCCCUGACUGACUCCAGCAACAGUCUCAUUGAGAUCCCUUCCAUCAGCCAGUCCCAUAUCAUCACUCCAGACCCGAACAAACCUGUUCCAGGCCCCAAACCUCGGCUCACUCCCAAGCCUUUUGUAGUGGAGAAAAACCCCACCAUUAAGCCCAUAGUUGCCCCAAAGCCCCAACCCAAACCACGACCAGAGGCCACUCGCCUUACUGGAUGCAAACCAGAUCUUCCAUGCAGUCCAAAACCACAGCAACCAGUUGCCACUGGCAAACCCAAGCCAGGGUCUGCAAACCUAAGCCGACCUGCCUCUACCUCCUUCAAAACAUCUGGACAAACGACCAAGCCGGUAGUCCAGCCAUUUAAACCAGCCCCUUCUCUGGACCCUGGAGACCUCAGCAAACCCACCCCUCCUGUUCCAGCAGAGAGGCAGAGACCUGGUGCGUCAAGCUUGACCCAUUCCAAGAGCCUUAAAAUACAUCCAGCAGCAGAGUGGUCUGGAACCACUAAAAAAGAGGGCGAGAAGGACCAGCUGACAUCCAGCAAAGGUGGGGCCACCAUGACCAGAGCCAAGUCCAUGGGUUUUCUUGUUGAGGUAGGGAAGGAGGAAGAAGAAAAGGAAAAACCUAAACCUGAGGCAGCAGUGCCACUGCGACCCCAGUCCAGAGGCUCCAGGCCCAGACCUGUGUCGGCUAUUUUCCUCGACAGUCCGACCAAGACAGAGACACCAGUUCCUGCCCCACGCUGGGCUGGGAGACGACCACUUUCAGCUGAUCUCACGGCCAAAUUUGAGUCUAUCGGUCUUUCCCUGCACCGUAGAAGUCCCAAGGUGAGCAUAAAGGAUAACACUCCAGACGAGGAGACCCUGCCACAAAAGAAGGAGCCAGAGAAAACCCUGAAAAGCACAGCUCCACAAAGCACCGGGGGUGUGGAGAAGCCUGCUGCCUCAGACCAAAGCAACAAAAAGACAGAAGAAGUGAAAGAGACUGAUGAGGAUAAGCGGUCAGUUAGCAUCAGGUCGCGAAUCAGUCUCCUCCUUGAUUCACCCUCUUCUCCUGCUGCUGCUGCAGGCCACGAGUCAGAUCUUCCCUCUCCAGUGCAGCCGGUCCCUGAAAGCGAACCAGCGGUGGGUGUUAAACAGCUCAUCAAGCAGCUGACAGAGGACACAACGCCGACGCAGAGUCCUGUCGUAAAACCACAGCCGAGGCCCCGCCCCUUGCCCCUCGACCUGACUAAAAGGUUUUCAUCCGAGAGGUCGCCAGACCUUGGCAUUGUUUCCCUCAGUGAGGCAGCAGACCGCCAUGACAUCACCAGCAAAGACUCUCAGAGGAGGAUGGAAGAGUCAGCUUUCAGCCCCAGUGACCAGAGGACAUUUGUGGAUUUAAAAGAUUCCCAAGAGCAGUCCUCCACACCUGAAAGGCCUGACGCGGGACAGUCGUUUGGCGCCGCUUCCAAAGAAGGUGGUCCCGGCGGUGACAUCCAGACCGUGAGAGCAUCCCUGUUUGAAAAUGUUGUGGAGAGGCACAGCGUGCUGAUGGUGGAAGAAGGCAAGCCUGCGGCCAAGGCCACAGAGUCGCUCAGCAGCUCAUCAUUUAAGAGAGGAAAGCGUGAGGAGGAGGGAACUCUGGUCACUGCCACCUUCAGAGACCCCGUGUCUCCAUCGAGUCCUCUGCGGGUGCUGCACUCCUUUGACACUGUGCAGGCGGUGGAAGAGAUCAGGGCCAUGAGUGAGAACAUCCCCUCAGCUCAGUGGGAGGACAAGGCCCUGACGCUGCGGUCCAGGCGCUCAGAGGGCAGCAGGCCCGUGCCGGACAGGACCGGAUCGGCACAGGGACCACCGGCACCGGCUGCGAUGCCACAACAGCCACCGCGAUAUCUGAGAGUCGGGGCUUUGCAGAAGUGGACCGCUGCAGGUCUCGAACAAGAGGCCACUAUGGAGAAAGGGAUGCUAAUGGAACCGCGAAGGGAAGAACCAGCGGCUUUGGACGAAGACGGAGACGGACAGAGAGAGACAGAACAGGACGAGGUGGCUGCAGCCCCAAAACGUUUGAAAAUGCUGCAGGCAGAAGAGCAGACCAAACCCAGGGCCACCUACUUUGCUUUGACCGGACAAAUACAGGAGGCGUUUUCUCCUGUGGAUUCAGGACCAAGCGUGGUGGACUUUGAAGAUUUCUCUGUGAGGUCCACACUGGGCAGCUCUCAAGGAAAGGUCCUGCCAGUGAGGAGGAAUCCAUCAUUAGAUCAAGCUUUUGGAAGAACCUCUCAAGAGCAGGUCAGAGAUUUGACGAUGAGGAGCCACUUGGACAUCAGAUCUGCGAUGGACGGACAGACGGCGGAGGAAACGAUGGAAGUUGAAAAGAAAAGAGAGCUCAUAAAGGAGAUGGAAAGAAACAAGGCAAAAAUGAAAGAGCUGGAGAGGGAAAAACAGAGGCAGCUGGAAAUGGAGAAAGAAGCACUUUUGGAAUUUGAACGAAUGAAGGAGAUGGAGAUGCAAAGGGAAUUUGAAAGGCAAAGACAGAAAGCCUUUGAGGAGGAGAAACAACGUGCACUGGAAAGGGUGAAGCAGGCGGAGCUUGAAAAACAGAAGAUGAGAGAAUUAGAGAAAGAGAGACUGGAAAGAGAGAAGCAGCGGCAGCUUGACAAAGAGAGACGACAAGAAAUGGAGAGACAGAGAAGGAUUGAAAGAGAGAGACUACGAGAGCAGGAGAGGCAAAGACAAAGGGAGGAGGAGAGACAGAGAGAGCUGGACAAGGAGAGACAGCUGCUGGAAAUCCAAAAGGAGAAGCAGAAACUGGAGGAGCUGGAGAGAAUUAAAGAGCUGGAGAGGCAGAAGCUCUUGGAGUUUGAAAAGCAGAAACAGAAAGAGAAGGAGAGGCAGCAGCUCGUGGAGCUGGAGAAGCAGAGACUUCGAGAGAAGAAGGACAGAGACGAGGCAGAGAAGACAAAACAGAUGGCAUUAGAACAGGAAAUGUUGAGAAUCAGAGAGAUAGAAAAAGAAAGGGAACGACAAAGGGAGAUGGAGCGUCAACAAGAGAUUGAGAGGGAAAUGCAGAAAGAGCUGGAGAGGCAGAGACAGAGAGAUUUAGAAAGGGACAGACAGAGACAACUAGACGCUGAGAGACAGGAGUUAGAAAAGCAGAGGCUGAGACAACAAGAGCUGGAGAAGGAGAGGCGGAGGAAGGAGGAGUUGGUUAAGGAGAUGGAGAGAAGAGAGCUGCUGGAGUUCGAAAGGCACAAGCAGGCAGAGAAGGACAGACAGCAAAUCCUGGAGCUGGAGAGACGCAGACUGAGGGAGAAGGUGGAGCGCGAAGAGGCGGAGAAGAUGAGACAGAUAGCCAAACAGCAAGAAGCAGAGAGGCAGCGGCUCAAGGAGAGGCAGAAGAAGGAGGAACAGGAGAGGGCCUGGUUCGACCCGUCACCUCUCAGACCCAAAGUGCUGGAUCUGGACUCUGUCAUCCGAAAUGACCCGUUCCCCAAGGCGACGUCUCAGCGUCUCAGCGACUCUGCAACACGAUGGAAGGAGCCAACUGUGAGAGCAGAGGAGUCCUACAAACCCGCCAUCCUCGACAUAGACUCUUUCACAGCUCAAGCUCCGCCCUCCCCCAGUAAAGACUGGCUUCCUCUCUCUAGUAUUCAGGGUGCAGAUGCUGGCUUUGGAGCCAAAUUACAGCCUGCACCUGAGAGAGAUAUUAGCUGGAAGCUGCCGCAGCAGACUCCAGCGAGUUUCACAGGCCCAGUGUGGACGGCGUCUCCUCAGGACCCGUGGGAACUGCGGCCCGUUGAGAUGUCUGUGGACCAGACACCUGAACCCAGAAAACAUGCCAACAAGGUGAGCCCGGAGCAGCUCCUCCUCAGGCAGGAGGGUGGACUCCUGACUCCACAGAGACACUCAUCUGCUGUGCUGGACGAGCUGCUUCACUUGGCUCCUGUCCCCGGGACAGAGGCCAAACCCAGAGCCUCUCCAGUCUCCAGCGCCGCCGCUGCAGAGCAGAUCUGGUUCCUCAGAGAACCGCAACCUCCAGAGAGCAGGGGAGAAGUGCAGAGCCAGAGGAGAUCCCAGGGAUCCCAGGAGCUGAACAGGAUGCGGUCUCGCAGUGUGUCCCGGCGAUCGGCCCCUUCAGGUGGGGCGGUGGAGGGAAGCCUGUCCAGGAUGAGGAGCCGCAGUGCCCACAGGGAGCAGGACCGCCGCAGCCUGGUGCAGCAGAAGCAGAGCGACGGCGGUGAGGACAGCGGAGAGACGCCUGUCCGUGACACUGACAGUCAGUACGGGACGUGGGAGACGGGACUGCGCUCUGAUGACAGCCUGACUCCUGACAGCACUCUGAGCCCUUCACCCAGGAAGCCCAGCCCCCCACACACGCCCGGGGACCCCGCCUCCCAGCCCGACAUCAACUCUGUGGACGGCGUCCCGUCCUCGUCCUCGUCAUUCGCUUUCCCUGAGGCCCCGGGCGCCCUGUUGGACACCAGCGCCCUUCGCUCCAGAGCUCAGCUGGGGAAGAAGCGAGCGCCUCGGACGCGUCCGUCCAGAGCCGCCCGUCUGAGUGCCGCCCUGGCAGACGAGGGAAGCACAGAGGACUGGCUUUACCGAGACUCCACAGAAGCGAAGGCCGGAAGUCAAGUCGACGACUCCGACUCCGAGGAGCAGGUCAGAGGAGUGGACUCGGGUCCUGGCGUCUCCUCCCAGCCUCAGAGGAUCCCCGUGUUCCCCGGGAUGGACCCUUCAGCUUUAAAGGCCCAGCUGAAGAAGAGGGGCGACUCGGACAAUCAGACCGAUGGACCCGCUUCCUCCCCCUCACAGCUUUCUCGCUCCCCCAAGUCGCCCUUCCUGCCCCGGGCGGCGCGCGUGCUGCCCCCUGCUGGCGGCAGAGAGAACGGUGAGGAGGACUCGCCGCAGUGGCUGAAGGAGCUGAAGACCAAGAAGCGCCUGAGUCAGUAUGAAAGUGAGAGCUAAGGAGACAACGAGGGUCGCCUUCACAGACGCCUUAACGUUCGACCCGGAGGGCAGGAGGGGCCGACCUGCAGCUGCUGAUCUGUUUUCCUUUUCCUCUUUGCUUUUUUGUUCUCUUCCCGUCUGGGUUGAUAAAUGUGCAUGGUGCCUUUUUUUAUGGAAAAAGAAAAGCGAGCAAAAAGAAAACAUCUGGCUGCUCCGCUUUAUUCAUUUCAUGCUCCUAAACGAGGAGGCUCCUCCACACCUGCACAGGUGGGGGGACGAGUUUCCUGUCAGGCUGCGUUUCAGGAACACGUGGGACCACGAAGCCUCUUCGUCCUGGACGCUGGAGGACGAUCCGGCCAAUCCUGUGCGAGUUUGUGUGUUCAGAAAGCCGACUAACGCUCGUGCUGCUGGAGGGGGCGUCGCCAUAGGAAAACAUUUCAGACACUAACGAUCUUCCUCGUGGAACGUAGAGAACAAAUCACGUGAUUGUCUUCAGCGUGAAUCAUGUCGGUGAUCAGGAGGUGUCGUGUGUGUUGUCGUUGAGCUAACAGACAGAGCUGAAGCACUACAGUCUUUUGAUACACUCCACACGCCUGACAGUGUCACAGCUGCUGCUUACUGUCUGUCUGUCUGUCUGUCUGUCUGUCUGUCUGUCCAAAUGCCUUUUGUCUUAGUGGGGGAGGGACGGGGGACUUUGCAUCUGUCAAUCUUGAACUCUCAGCACAAAAACACUCGUCAGUCUUUUAUGAAAACACUAAUCAGUCUGUCUGUAGCGGACUGAGCGACUGUAGCUGUAAGCAUUCAUUAUAAGCCAUACUUUCUCACACACACACACACACACACUCACACACACUCCUCCAUCAUGUUUUUAUUUUCUAUUCAAAGUGCAAUCUGCCUCCAUGUUGUCCCCAGUUACAGAGACAUGAAGUCCCUCCCCGUCCAGUGGACCACCACAGGAAUCUGCACAGCUUUUAACCCUUUCCUGUUGUGCCCUGAAUUACACAAAACAAGUUUGUCGAUUUCAAAAGAAAUAAAGCGAAUCACAGCUCAACGUGGCCGUCAGCCUGGCACAAAGUCCCCCCAUCAGACACAGUUCAGACCAGAUCCAAUCAUUUGUCUGGUCAUUCACUACCUGAAAGAAGGUGUGAUGGUGGUGGACAGGAAGGGGCGGGGCUUCAGCUCGUCAUGUGCAGGUACAGUCUCUGUCUGCUGUCCUGUGGAUGGAUGGUUUGUGUCUCCACUGACCCCAAAUCAGUUUGCACCUGCAGCCGCCUGAACUCUGAUCCUCUUCCUGACUACUUCCUGUGCGCUCCUCUAAAGCACUUUGUGGCUCCGACCUCUGACCCUCCCGGCACUCCCGUCUCACCUGCUGGUGACGCAGGUGGACGCGUCGGACGAGUCCUCGGAGUGACUGGUUUCUGUGUACGUGUCGGAGUCGAGGGUUUGUUUUGUAUGUCCUCCUUUGUCCUUUUUUUAUUUGAAAGUACAGAUGUAUAUCGCACUGUGUUGUACUGGCCAGUGACCUAAAGUGAAUACAUUCUUAAUAAAAUUUACUUGACUCGA